AUGAGCGCCAUGAUCCCCAUGGCCAUGUUCGGCCUUGAGGUCCCAGCGGGCGACGUCGCCAUCCCGGCCAUCUCAGAGAUUCCUUCUGCUUUCCGCAUCACAAUGGCUGCCAUUGACCCCAGUGCGGAGCCAGAGGAGACCGAUGAGCCAAACGCCGUCCCGCGUGCCACUUUGAAGGUCAUUCGCCAGGCGCUCGUCGACUACGACUCCGAGGAUGAUGAGGACGAGGAUGAGGAUGAUUUCGACAUCAACGAAAUGGAGGCCAUGCUCGGCGACCAGGAAGAUGAUGAGGACAGCGACGAUGAGGAUGUUAACGGCGGCCCAAGUGAUCCUGCCCGCUCCAAGAAGGCCAAGAAGGCUGCCGCAAAGAAGGCCAUCAUGGAGCUUCUCGCGCAGGAGGGCGAGAGCGAUGACGUGGAAGUCGACGAUAUGCCCAACGGCAAGAAGUCCGCCAAGGCAAAGGGCAAGAUGCCUGCCAGCGACGACGACGAGGAUGUUGAAGACGACGAGGACAGCGAUGAUGAGGAGGGCGAGAUUGAAGAAUUUGUCAUUUGCACUCUUGACCCAGCGAAGAACUACCAGCAACCCCUCGACAUCACCAUUGGCGAGAACGAGCGUGUCUUCUUCAAGGUCUCUGGUACUCACUCCAUCUUCCUCACUGGAAACUACGUCGAGCCUACCUCUCACGACCAUGCGCAUGGCGGCGGCAUGUACGACCCCGACAGUGAUGAGGAAGACGACUACGACCUCGAGCCAAACAGCGACGAGGAGAUCGACUAUGACUCCGAGGACGAGCUUGACGACAUUGAGGACCCUCGCAUCACCGAGAUUGAGGAUGAAGAGGCUCCCGAGCUCGUCAAGGCUAGCAAGAAGGCUGACAAGAAGGGCAAGAACAAGCGUGCCGCAGAGGACGAGGCGGAACCCGCUGCCGGUGCUUCCAUCGAUGAGCUCAUCGCCAAGACUGAGGAGAAGCCGCUCUCCAAGAAGCAGCUGAAGAAGCUGAAGAAGAAUGACGGCUCUGCCACCGAGACCAAGACUGAGGAGCCGGCAUCUGCCAAAUCCGACAAGAAAGUGAGCUUCGCCAAACAGCUCGAACAGGGUCCUACGCCCACGAAGGCUGACGCAAAGAAGGCCGAUGACAAGAAGCCCGCGGCUUCCGGUCCCCGUGUCGUUCAGGGUGUGACCAUCGAUGACAAGAAGUUGGGCACUGGUCCUGCUGCCAAGGCUGGCGACAAGGUCGGCAUGCGCUACAUCGGAAAACUGGAGAAGGACGGCAAGGUCUUUGACUCGAAUAAGAAGGGCAAGCCUUUCACCUUCAAGCUUGGUGUUGGCGAGGUCAUCAAGGGUUGGGACAUUGGUGUCGCGGGCAUGACCGCCGGCGGCGAGCGUAGAAUCACCAUCCCCGCACACCUCGGAUACGGCAAGCAGGGCACUGGGCCGAUCCCAGGCAAUGCGAACCUGGUAUUCGAUGUCAAGCUUCUGUCUGUUGCUAAGAAAUGA